AAAAGUGUCACAAUCAUAUGUUAUCUGCUUGAGUGAAAUUCGGGAGUGUGUACCUCGCUCGAUGGCGUAGUUUCGAUUGUGAAAGUUAUUGUCCGAAAUCUACCAUUGUCUACCUUAUCCGAUAUCUUUUAGUGAAGCGUUUAUUCGGAAAAUGGAGGAAAUUCCGGUGAAGCGAGCCGAACUCUCGAUAAAAAAGUUCAAUGAAGUGGCGAUCCCGCAUCAUCUGGGUUUGCUGAAGAAUCACAAGAGCAACAUUGAAAAGAGUCUGGCGCUGGGCGACUGGGACAAAAUUAAAAAGGAGGAAAUCAACGCGAUGCGGGUCGUCAAGCAGCUGAGGAAUCUCCUGCUCGAGAUGGACGUUCUGCGGGGCAAAAUUAACGAUAAUGAAGUGAAUAAAUUCGAUAGCAUGAUUAAGCCAGGCAGAGUCAAGGCCAUGGAAGCGAUCCAGGAAUAUAUGGAUAUGCAAUUUAUGACGUCUGCAUCAAAAAAAUCCCACAACACCUACAUCGAAGAUGACGAAACUGUUGCAGAAGUUGAAGGAAACUUGCCACAAAUUCAAGCCGACUUCCAAAAUCAACAACACCAGUUGCAAGCUCGACAAGCAUGUUUGGAGCAGUUCGAAAGUCUGCAUCGCGAAGUUGAGGACCUGCAUUCAAUGUUUAGUAAAUUCGGCGAACUUGCUCACGAACAAGGUGAACAAGUGAAUAUUAUUGCCGACAAUGCAGAAGAAGCUCUGGAAAAUGUGAACGAGGGUGAAGUGCAACUUCGUACUGCCUUGAAAUACCAAAAAGCCAUGUACCCUGUGGUAGGAGCUCUUUUAGGUACAGCGGUGGGCGGUCCUAUUGGACUUUUAGUUGGACUUAAGGCUGGUGGGUUGGCAGCAAUUAGUUGUGGAAUCUUAGGAUUUACGGGUGGGAGUAUUUUGAAGAAGACUGAAGUUGAGAAUGGGAUUAAAGAAGAGAAAAAGGAGGACUGACAUUGGUGUACAAUUCAGUAAUGUUAUAUUUUGUAUUCUAAGGGCUGUGUCCGGUUUUGAGUGCUUAGUUGGAAAUUCCAUAGGUUGGAAUCUGGAAAAAAUACGUUGAGAAGAAAUCUCCUGAGAUUUUGAAUUAGUGUUAUCGGAAACUUAAGAAAGCGUUUAGUAAUAUUCCGAGGUUGAUUAAAAGAUGUAUACAAAAAACAUGACAUUAAAAUAGGUUGGAAAAAAUCUAACAGAAAAAUUAAGGGAAAAUUACCCGCAAUUGGCUUUGCCCGAGUAUUAUUGAUAAGUGCCGUUUCAAUGAGAUUACACUUUUUAAAAUAAAAUUUUCGAUGCCGUACGCAUCACCACGUUCAUUAAGUUUGCACCUUGGCUUGUAUACCUCCUAGCAUGAGUACAUUCAUAUUUGUGAUAAUAGUCAAUUUAUUUUUAGGUGUUUACUCCAAUUUAUGUUUCGUAUCUUUAGCAAAUCAACAGGAAUAAAGAUUGUGAAAUAGUUGGAAUUGUGAAAAGUUAAGUUAAAGGAGUUCAAGGUGCUCGAGUGUAAUCCUGGAGAAGCACGGCACGUUAUAUGUAAAGUCCCCGUUUCGUUCAAUUUGUCAAAAAGUUGAUUGUUUCCUUUUCGGUUUAUUGACAGGCGUUCAAUAGCUUAUAUACUCAAUCGUUUCAAGUUGGAAUAUAUAAAAUUUUGACCUACUUUUUAGGCCUUCCCCUGGUUACCCGUAGUUCAAAUUAUUUGUAUCUGUUUACAGAAUAUUGUUUCCCUGGUUUUAGAAUAAUGUAGCAAUGAAGUGUUUUCGAAUGGUGCAAAACGUUUACUAUACGAAGCCAUAAAAAAACUAACAUUCUAGUAUUUAACAUUUUUCAUAUAGAACAUACACAUACAACUAGACAUUAUUCAAUUGUAUGAUAUACACAAAAAAUUGAUAAUUUUUUAUCGAUGUGCAAAUGUAAUUGUUUACUAACUGUAGGAAAAUUGAUGUAAAUUUAUUGUUGUAAAAAUUCAUAUUUCUAACAAUUGAGUAACAUUACAAUAAAAUUAAUGCUUCAGUUGAUUGAA